CAUGGCUGGAAGCGAGCCCCGGAGCGGAGGUGGCUCCCCUCAGGCGCACUACAGCGACUGGGGCCGCUGGGAGGCGGCCAUCCUCAGCGGCUGGAGGAACUUCUGGCAGUCGGUGGGCAAGGAGCGCGCGGCGCCGAGCGCCUCCCGCGAGGAGGUGGAGGAGGAGCCCAGCCCCCUGACGCGGCUGCCGAUUGACGUCCAGCUGUAUAUUUUGUCAUUUCUUUCGCCUCAUGACCUGUGUCAGCUGGGAAGUACAAGUCAUUACUGGAAUGAAACCGUUCGCGAUCCAAUUCUGUGGAGGUAUUUUCUGUUGCGGGAUCUCCCUUCUUGGUCUUCUGUGGACUGGAAGUCUCUUCCAGAUCUGGAAAUCCUGAAAAAGCCUGUAUCUGAGGUCAGCGACGGAGCAUUUUUUGACUACAUGGCAGUCUAUAAAAUGUGCUGUCCAUGUACAAGAAGAUCCUCAAAAUCUAGCCGUCCUAUGUAUGGAGCAGUGACCUCGUUUUUACACUCACUGAUCAUUCAGAAUGAACCACGAUUUGCAAUGUUUGGACCAGGUUUGGAAGAACUGAAUACAUCUUUGGUGUUGAGCUUGAUGUCUUCUGAGGAACUUUGCCCAACAGCUGGUUUGCCUCAGAGGCAAAUUGAUGGUAUUGGAUCAGGAGUCAGUUUUCAGUUGAGCAACCAACAUAAGUUCAACAUCCUGAUAUUAUAUUCAACUACCAGAAAGGAAAGAGAUAGAGCAAGAGAAGAGCAUACAAGUGCAGUUAACAAGAUGUUCAGUCUGCAGAAUGAAGGGGAUGAUCAACAAGGAAGCCGAUACAGUGUAAUUCCACAAAUUCAGAAGGUGUGUGAAGUUGUUGAUGGGUUCAUCUAUGUUGCAAAUGCUGAAGCUCAGAAAAGACAUGAAUGGCAAGAUGAAUAUUCUCGUAUUAUGGCAAUGACAGAUCCAGCCUUUGGAUCUUCAGGAAGACCAAUGCUGGUUUUAGCUUGUAUUUCUCAAGCAAAUGUAAAAAGAAUGCCCUGUUUUUAUUUGGCACACGAGCUCCGUCUGAAUCAUCUAAACCACCCUUGGAUGGUCCAGGAUACAGAAGCUGAAACUCUAACGGGUUUUUUGAAUGGCAUUCAGUGGAUUCUUGAAGAAGUUGAAUCUAAGCAUGCACGAUGACCCUUGUUUUAGACCUUGGGAACUGAAACCGUUUGACACUAAGGUCAUGAUGUCAUAUUUCCUCAGCCAGCUCAUUUUGUCCUGCCUUUUUGCAGGUAGGCUUUAUAUUGUAGCUGCUGUAUU